AUGAUUGCCUUGCCUAGUCCUCCUGGCGCUCAUAAAUAUCGACGAUCCAACGCCUCUGCUGCCGACUAUCCAAGUCCCGAGUCUGUCCACGAUACCUACCAAAGGCACCAGUCCUAUCAACACAGCCCACCACCUCACUAUCAACAUCAACAACCUCAACAAUACCAGCAACACAGCCCCCACCAGUAUCAUCACCAGGCACCACAGCAAUACCAUCAGCAACAUCACACAAGUCACUCGCGUCAGCAUUCGCGUCAACACUCGCAACACGUCGCCUCCCCUCCCCUCCGACAAUCUCAGCAGUAUCAUUUGCCAUCACCGCAGUCACCAUCAACCUCCGCCAUGCCGUCCGGAAUUGAACGUCUGCCAAACGCUGUCAAGAGCAAGGUCUAUGGUGAUUUAGACUACCAGUCUCUUAUUCAGUUGUCCGGCACUAAUCGAUAUUUCAACCGCACGGUUGAUCCUCAAAACAUGGCCGACCCGGCUGACAAAGCUCAAUUCGUCAUGAGAGCCGCCAAGGACUUCCCGCAGCACCGGCCUAGUGAAAAGGGCCACGACUACAAGCCUGGAAACUUUGAGUGCUAUGUCUGCUUCCGGGUCCGCUCUCCCGAGCACUUUGACAUGCUGCAACCCCAGCAUGCCUAUGUCGACGCCCACGGCCACCUGGUGACGGAUCGCGACCCUCAGCCUGGCCGAGACAGGCAAAUUUCUCUGCGACGUUUCUGCAUUGAGUGCGGUGUUCGCGAAGGUCUCCACGCUCCCUUUGACUGCCUCACCACUCGCACCGGCCGCGAUCUCUGGGUGUGCAAGUGCCGACGAAUCUGGGCCAAGCCGGGCUGCCUGCGCUGCCCAGACUGCCGUGCAGACUGCCCUCUCCGACCCAAGAAGAAGUAUGGCUUCUAA